AAAUUAAGAUGUAUUUAAUUAAUUUUUAAAAAUUAGUUUGAUUUGUAAAAUAUUCCAAUGAAGUAAAACAGAUUGCUAUUGACUCACAACAUAUACAAGAUUAUAAUUUAAUUAAUGAUAGUAUGAAUACCAGAUUAUUUUAGAAUGUCAAUUCCCAACAGAAUCAAUUGAAAUAAAAUCAUCAGUCUUAAAAUUAAUUUUGUUAAUAUAAUAUCUGUACGUUGAACUAUAAAAGCUGUUGAUUAAUUGUGAAUUUUAAUUAUUCAUGUGAUCAUGCUCAAUAAAUAAGUAUCAAUUUUUAUAAUAAAUAGAAUAAAUUCAUACAAUAAUAGUAUUUUCGAAAUGAAAAAUAUAAAUUAAUUUUAUACAUGUGUUUACAUUAUCCAUUGAAUAAUAUCUAAAUAUUGCGUUGAAAAAAUUAAAAAAACAAUUGUCAUUAUGAAAAAAAUAAAUUAUAUAAUUUUAAAAAUUAUUAUUAUUUUUAAAUUAUUGUCAAUGGUAAUUGCAAUUUGUCCAGCUACUAAUGAAACAGUUGAUGUUAAUUUGAAAGAGUUAUCUGGAGGUUGGUACGUGACAGCAGCAACACCAGUAACUGGGCAAGUUGGAAAAUGUUUGUAUUUUGAAAUUGAAAAAAGUGAAAAUAAUGAAUUUAUCAUGAAUUUUACAUCAACAAGUUAUAGAAAUAAUCAACGUAUCUGGUGGGAUGUCAGAGGUUUUCAAAAUGGUAAAAUUUUAAUGGCUAAAUGGAGGCUUUCAACAUCAGCUAAACCAAUUGGUCCAUUUCAACAUCAAGUUGUUGCUAUAAAUCAUGAUGAAUACAUUGCAAUAAUUGUUUGUGCAACAGACACAAAACAUAUUACUAAAGGCCAAGUUGCUCUUAUUUUAUCACGUCAAAAAAUUCUUCCGCCAACAAUAUUAAUUAAUUUAAAAACAAUAAUGGCAAAAUAUGUUGAUAGAAAUGAUAUUCUUGACAUCGACAAUACCUGUGACGGCAUUACAAUUUAAUUAACAUUAUAAUUAUCAUUUAAUUUUCUAUCAAAUAUAAUUUUUAUCAUUUUAAAAAGAAUUUUUUUUUAGCUUGUUUUAAUGAUUGUAUUAUAAUGAUUGUUGUUAAUUUAUAAAUAAAAAUAAAAUUAAUAUAAAAAAA